AUGUCUUUUCUAUGGAGACUUACUAACACUGGUAUAAAACAUAACUUUAUACACAAGCAUCGUUUAUUUGUGCUGUCAAUAGUUUUAUGUUCUUUACAGCCUUUAGUUGUUGUUUCAGAAAGUAGUUCUGAGAUACGACUUGAAAAUUCUUCAAGCUCAACAGUCGUUACGCUUGUGAUUCUUGGUUCCGUAUGUGCUCUUAUUAUAUUUAUUGUUUUGGGUAUUCGAAGACGAUUGAUUGCUGUAGAUAAAAAUAGGAUACCUGAUGUAUAUGAUCCCGAAAUCGCUCGGGCGGAGGCUAGUUUGGUUGAGACUUUAGAUGAAGCAGCUCGACAAAAUUAUGAACGUGCUCGGAUGUUUCAAGAAGCAUAUCCACCUGAUAGUAUUCCUACAGAAAUCACACUUUCCCAAUUUCUUUCGAUUCAGGAAAAAGGUGUUUCAGCAUGGGAAUUUGAGCCAGACCUUCAGCAUACUAACUGUUUCGUAGAAUGUCGUACCGAAAUCGCAUUUUACGAUGCUGAAUGUUGUGUUCAGACUAACCUCCCGUUACCAAAACAACAAGAAGUAUAUUACUGGGAAGCUAAAAUGUAUGAUAAGCCACCAAAUACGACUGUUGCUGUGGGGUUGGCAACUAAGCCUUAUCCUUUAUUUCGCUUACCAGGAUGGAAUCGUCAAUCAGUUGCUUAUUUCUCGGACAAUGGGUUUAAAUACUAUAAUUCGCCCUUUAAUGGUAAAACAUAUGGACCUCAAUUUCAACAGGGUGAUGUUGUUGGUGUUGGUUACCGACCAAGAACUGGCACUGUUUUCUUUACGCGUAAUGGAAAAAAAUUGGAUGAUGCAUUUACGGGAAUGAAAAUGAACCUUUUCCCAACAGUUGGAGCAAAUGGGCCUUGUUGUGUUCACGUUAAUUUUGGUCAACUUGGAUUCGUUUUUAUUGAAGCAAACGUAAAAAAAUGGGGGCUUGCACCAUCAAUGGGAACAUUAGCUCCUCCACCAGCGUACGGGUCUGAACGAGGUUCUCUUUUAUUAGAAUCGAGUUCCAGGGGACAUCUAUCAGAGGAUGUUCCUCGUCAAUAUACGCAUGUAAAUAGUGGAAUUAUAACAGGAGUUCCCCCUGAGGCAGCUUUGGACAUUUCUUUGGUGGAUAUAACAGUUCCACCACCUUCAUAUUCUUCAACGGAUCAAUAUUAUGGACGUCCAUCUUUUAUGUCUGAUAGUUCCGAAACACAUCUUUUAGCUGGGGAUCAAACUGAUUCUAGGAGGAGUAGUUAUGAAGGUACUUCUAGAGAUCAACGAAGAAACGGCUAA